AUGACUGUAGGGAAAACUGCAAAAAUUUCAUCACCCUCUAUGAGGAGACGAAAAUCUGCUUUAGGCGAAGACGACGAUUUGGAACGAGAAACAAAAGCAUUAGCUUCAUUUUAUCCAAGUCCACCACCCGUGGACUUUGUUCAAAGUACAAUGUAUGGACGUUACACGAAAGAAUUGGGAGACUAUGUCAAAGGAACGCAACAGAACAUACCAGCACCUGUCAUACACGGCGGUGCUAAUGAAGAAUUCAGCAAGUACGGCGGGAAAAUCAGUUCCACUCUGGAAGUUGUAUGGCGGCAUUCGUUCGCCAAGCUCAGCGAAGAUUGGGUGUUUCUCACGUUGUUGGGUCUUGUCAUGGCCGUACUAAGUUUUGCCAUGGAUUACGGUAUAGACUUCACCAACGAAGGAAGAAUAUGGCUAUUCAAAGAUAUGGCGUUCAAUCAAUAUGUGCAGUACAUUGCUUGGGUUCUGCUACCAGUCAGCUUGAUAACAUUCGCAGCAGGAUUCGUACACUUAGUUGCGCCUCAAUCCAUUGGUUCGGGAAUACCAGAGAUGAAAACAAUAUUAAGGGGCGUAGCGUUAAAAGAAUUCCUCACCUUAAGAACUUUGAUCGCCAAAGUUGUCGGAGUUACAGCAACCUUAGGUUCGGGUUUACCUCUCGGCAAAGAGGGCCCGUUCGUGCACAUUGCCAGCAUAACGGCCACGCUCUUGACGAAAGUAAUAACCUCGUUCAAAGGGAUCUACGAGAACGAAUCGCGAAACACGGAAAUGCUGGCCGCGGCGUGCGCGGUCGGGGUGGCAAGCUGUUUCGGGGCUCCCAUUGGCGGUGUGCUCUUCAGCAUCGAAGUAACGACCGUGUACUUCGCGGUGAGAAACUACUGGAGAGGUUUCUUUUCCGCAGUCUGUAGCGCGACCGUGUUUCGAUUGCUGGCCGUAUGGUUCAACAAAGCCGAAACCGUAAAGGCUUUUUUCCCGACCCAUUUCACUAUGGAAUAUCCAUUCGAUCCUCAAGAGUUGACCGUCUUCGCUUUACUUGGGGUAGUCUGUGGAAUUAUCGGAGCCGGUUACGUUUGGGCGCACAGACAAUACGUUUUGUUCAUGAGACAGAGUAAAAGUAUGAACUCUUUCCUACAGAAGAACCGUUUCUUAUAUCCAAGUCUCAUCACGUUUCUCACUUUGACAAUCACAUUUCCACUAGGCACCGGUAAAUAUAUUGCUGGUGAACUGAACGUACACGACCAAUUAACCGGGCUGUUUAGUAAUUUCACGUGGACAAAGACUGAGUUCACCAUUGAGGAGGCAGAAAUGAUGAAUCACUGGCGAACGGAAAACACCAAUGUUUUCAUAUGUUUAUCGGCUUACAUAGCUUAUAAUUUUGUGUUCUCUAUAAUAGCAUCGACCAUUCCAAUACCAUCUGGUAGUUUCAUUCCAGUGUUCAAAACCGGGGCCGCAUUCGGUCGAAUAGUUGGAGAACUCAUGCACUUGUGGUUCCCAUACGGCGUUAGACACGGAAAAUUCAUCACGCCUAUUAUACCAGGAGGUUAUGCCGUAGUCGGAGCAGCAGCUUUUGCCGGGGCCGUUACACAUUCCAUAUCAGUAUCUGUAAUUGCUUUCGAAAUGACGGGACAGAUCACUCACAUUGUACCAGUUAUGAUCGCCGUGUUAAUAUCAAACGCUGUAGCAGUAUUAUUACAACCUUCGCUAUACGACAGUAUUAUACUAAUAAAGAAUCUGCCCUACUUGCCAGAUCUUCUCCCGUCCAUAUCAGGUAUUUACAGUGUGUAUGUAGAAGAUUUUAUGGUCAGAGAUGUCAAGUACAUUUGGUAUAAUAUGAGUUACAGAGACCUGAAAAAAGUUCUGAGGGAAAACAAGGUUCUAAGAGUGUUCCCGCUAGUUGACAAACCAGACUCGAUGAUUUUAUUGGGUUCUGUGCCUCGAGUUGAAUUAAUAAAACUGAUCGACAGACAAGUGGGUAAAGAAAGACGGAUGCAGGUAGUCGCUAAAUGGCAGAAAGAAGCACAGGAGAGACUUGAUGAAGUAGAAAGAAGAAGAAGGGAAAACAAAGAAAGAAGACCUUCUAGAUUCGAAGUCACUCCGGCACCGGAUACUCUACAAAGAAAGCAUUCAAUUAGUUCUCAAUCACUUUCUACAAAUCCCAUUAUUAAGGUACAAUGCAGUUCUUCAUUAAAAGGACAUCCGAAAAAAUCGAUUUUAAAAAAGACAAAUUCGUUCACUCUACAUAACCUAACACCAAUGAUGACUCCGUCUGCGACACCUUAUUCGACAAUAACUGGAGCCGAGAGUCGCAUACGACUAGCGUUCGAAGCUAUAUUUCACAAAUCUGCAACACUUCGAGAUGCAAAUCCGGAACAGCAGAGCUUGACAGAUAUUACGGACAAGGAUAGGUGUUCGUCACAAAUCAUACAAGUGUCCAAAAAAGUUCAACUGCCCAAGGAGAGAGUCAUCGACAUGUCACCAGAAGAGCAGAGCGAAUGGGAACAAACGGAAAUGGACAAGAUUUUAGAUUUUGGUUCUUGUCACAUUGACCCGGCUCCGUUUCAGUUGGUUGAGAGGACGUCAUUACUUAAGGUCCAUUCGGUAUUUUCGUUGGUCGGUGUCAAUCACGCUUACGUCACUGCCAUUGGCCGUCUGGUCGGCGUUGUGGGCUUAAAAGAAUUGAGAAAAGCCAUAGAAGACACCAACUCGGGAACCAAACUUGGACACCACAAGACAUCAGGCUUCCGUAGCGCUGCGAUGGAAUCACUGUUAAGCAAUCGACAGAGGGACGACGACUUUGAUGUGUAAAUUCUAUAUAGGUACAUUUUAUAAAGGCGUUUCAAUACUGACCGUUUUUUUUACGAAAAUAUUGGUAGGUACCUAUCUUUUGACCAGCACACACUGAUAAGAUUAAAGACAUCAAUGCUUUAUGAAAAUCAAUAAGCAUAUUGAAAUUUGUUAUGAAGUUUCUUGAAUCGAUCAUCCACAUUUUAAAAUUGUAUUCUCUUUCUCUUACCUCUUAUCUUCCUAUUAAAUUGUAGCUUAAAAUGAAAAACAAAAUGGAGAAUUUUCACUGAGAUAAAUCAUAACAAAUUCAAAUAUAUUUUCAGAUUUCUUAUAGUAUUACUAAAUUCUUCGAUACGUUGAGCAAAAAGUUAGUACAAAAUGCUUUUUAGAGAAAAAUAAUAUUACUUGUCGACUAUAGCUAUGGGUUAGUUACGCGUCAUGUGUGUCUGUGUGAAAAGUUUUGUACACUACAAUUACACAGUCACUCAUUAACUAUCACAUAAUACGCCACACCACUCACUCACACACUUAAAAAAUUGACUGAAUCGAAUCCCAUAAAAACGGUUGGAAUCGAAUCUCCUUUAUGAAAUAUUAUGUAAGGUAUCAUAACUUUGCAUUAAAUUUAAAAGUUAAAACCACCUUACUCAUAUUUUGAUAUGUUUAUUCGUUGUUGUUAAUGUUGUAUAAUAUGAAAUAUUAUGAGUACCUAUUGUUGUAUAAUAAAUACUUAAAUAUAGGUACGUUGUAACUCUGUAAAAUUUUAAAAUAGUUAAUACUUAUAUGUUUAACACACUGUCACACUGUUCGGUAUGUGUGUAUGUAUACGUCUAAAUACUUACCAUUAAUUUAAGUUAUAUUAUGUUAUUGUUUAAAAUAUUAAUCCUUCGUUUAAGGAGGAUAACAUAAUACCA